AUGGAAGAGGGUUUUAAUUACUCUGCUCAUGACGUUGUUUCAGUGAAACCUCAGUUUUAUGUGGGGUUAGAAAAAUCUAUUGGAGACUUGAAGAAGCUUUUGUUCCAGACACAGGUAUCGGUCGUUGGUAUGCAGUGUAUUGGUGGUGGUCGAAAAACUACUUUGGCGCUGGCUCUAUGCAAUGAUGGUGAUAUUAAAGGAUAUUUUCAAAACGUGGUUUUCCUUACUGUUUCACAGUCACCAAAUGUGAAAGGACUUAUAGAGACACUGUGGGAUAAAAUUAUCGGAAUGAAGAGUCCUGAGUUCCAGAAUGAAGAAGAUGCACGUAUGCAUCUGCAGAAGCAGCUUCAAUGGCAAUCUAAACCAACUCUGCUGGUAUUGGAUGAUGUCUGGUCCAGAGUAAAUUUGGAGAAAUUACUAUUUCAAGAUGCAAGGUUCAAGACUCUUGUCACAACUAGAGAUAGCUCUACGAUCCCCAGAAACCAAUCUACUCGAUUGUAUCAGUUACCAUUGCUGGGCCAUGAAGAUGCUCUGUCUCUUUUCUGCUACUGGUCUUUCGGACAGACAUCAAUUCCAACUAAUGCAUUAGCAAGUUUGGUUAACGAGGUGCAAGCAGAAUGCAAAGGCUUGCCGCUUGCCCUAAAGGUGAUUGGAAGCUGUUUGAAUGGAGAACCUCGUGCAGCCUGGGAAACAGCAAAGAAGAAACUUUCCAAGGGAGAAUCGAUAUCAGAUUAUCAAAGGAAUGGGCUAAUUACGUGCUUGGAGACCAGUAUUAGUUUUUUGGAUGACGUAGCCAGGGAAUGUUUUCUAGACUUGGGGUUAUUUCCGGCAGACAUAAAAAUCUGUGCUGAUGCGCUGUUGGAUAUCUGGGUUUAUUUUAGGAAGAUGGAAUGGCAGGAAGCCUUUGCCAUUUUGUGGGAACUUGCAAGUAGAAAUCUGUUGAAUCUAACCAGCAAUUCUAGCGCAGCAGCAAUUUCUUAUGGAAAUGCCUCCGAGCUUUACUUUUCCCAGCAUGACGUAAUGCGAGAUUUGGCCAUACAUCUGGCAAGCCAAGGCCAUAUAAUCAACAGGGAGAGAUUAUUAUUGUCUAGGAAGGAGCAAACUUUGCCAGGGAAAUGGGAGUUGCUUAAUGAAAGACCGUUUGAUGCUCAAAUCGUCUCCAUUCACACAGGUCCGAUGGACGAAAGCGAGUGGAUCGAGAUGAAUUUACCAAAAGCAGAGGUAGUGAUAAUAUUCUUCGCUGCAAUUGAAUUCCAUCUUCCCCCAUUUAUAAAAUCCAUGAAAAACUUGAAAUUUCUCGUGGUAUGCAAUUACAGUUCAAAAAGGGCCACGAUAGAGGGUCUGGAUGUCUUAUCUUCUCUCCCUCAUCUAAGAAGUGUUCGCUUGCAAAGGUUGGUUGCACCCAACCUUCAGAAACAGAGCAAUGCACUACACAACUUGGAGAAGCUGUCUUUAAGUGUAUGCGAAGGGUUUGGAAGUGCUUCCACAUUCAAUUACCCCAAGCUACAAGAGUGUAACCUGGAUCACUGCAGUGAUUUAGAGGAGUUGCCCCAAAAUAUCUGCUAUAUGCCUUACGCUCAGAUGUGGUCUAUUACCAACUGCCAUCAGGUUCACAAGCUACCAUAUGACCUUGGAAAUCUAAGCUCUCUAAGAGUGUUAAGGUUGUCAGCACUGCCAGACCUAAAAGAGCUGCCACCAUCAAUUGGAAACCUUGGGGAGCUGGAAUAUCUAGACAUUUCAGUGUGCGAGGCCUUGAAAGAACUUCCAGAGGAGAUAGGCCAACUAAAGAAAUUAACUGAGCUAGAUAUGAGAGAGUGUUCUCGUUUGAAGAGGUUGCCUAUAAGUGGUUGUGGACUGAUCUCUCUGAAACAUGUUAUUUGUGAUAAGGAGAUUAAGACGCAGUGGUUGUGGGCCAAGAAAAUUUCUAUUCCGGAACUUAGAAUUGAAAUUGUGGAAGCGCAAUUUAGAUCUGAUUGGAUUGAUGAUUGAACUUCUGCUCCUCGCACUCUUGACCAAACACAUCACAUUAUAUGGAUCUUAGUAGACGUACA